UAUUACUACUAAUCCCAUCACUAAAGUUAGUAGUCAGUAGGUAACUGUAGUACAGUAGUUGUAGUACAGCUGUACCCACCAUCAGAGAUCGCCGUGAUUGGAACGCAAUACGAAUAUAACAAUACGCAUAAACCUUAUACAACAGUUGUACCAGUUGACAGUUGUAUUUAGUAUGCGUCGUACUACUACGAGCGUCGUCAUUGCCUGCUGACGAAUGAAUAACAAUAAAAUUCAUGACUUCAGGAGUUCGUAAUCGCGAUACCACUGUUAUCAGACGAUUUUAUACAAACGCUGAUAUUGUACACAGUACACACCUUUAAGUUACACUAUUAUAAUAUUAUUGUGUAUAUUUGUAUUUACUAUUUAAUAUUUAACUACGUUUGUACAACUUUGUACUAACAGCCACGCCUUUUGCCAGAGCUAGUGAAGCUCUAAUACCUAAGCUAUACCCCUGCACAGAAAACCGAAUUUAACAGCCGUGCCCGAUCCAACUCGAAUCCGUGUGGUCAAUGGAUAACGAAAUUUCUGUAGCCGAGUCUAUCGGUUCCACCGCCCUGGACUUAAACCGUUCAGAAGCGGUCACAACAGACUACUCGCCAGACGAUGAAGACCUGGACGAGGCGGCCGCUGCUGCCGUCGCCGCAUCAGAGGCUACUCGUGACACACUGGCUGACGGUCUAGUUGCCAGUUUGCUCAGGCCGUGUGUUGACCGUUUGGACGCGUCUGUCCAGUGCACCAGAUUGAGUCAACUUGACCUGAAACUACAGCUUGACUCGUUGGCUACCGAACUCAAGCGCCUGUCGUUGGCACAGCAUGACUACUUGUUUGCUGCAACGUCCAUGUCAUCAGCACAAUUGCCAGUCUCGGCUGACAAGACUAUUUCGUCUACAGUAACUGCUACGACAAAAACCGCCACUGACACAUGUGUCCUACUAGAUGGGUAUGCUCGUAGAUUGUGUGACGCACGUGCCAAGAUAGCCGUUGUGGGAAAUAUACUGGAGUCUACUCAGGAACGCUUACGAGCGCUUUCUCACCGAAUAGGUCGUGAGCACAACAACCGUCGAUCACUCCUAGAGCCCCAAGCUGUGGUAAUUGAUGUGGCAGAUGAACUUGAAUUAGAGGAAGAUAAUGAAAAGAUGAAUGAUGAUGUAGGGGAGAUAAACGAUAACAAAGAGAAGGUUCAGCCAAAUAAGAACCUUUUAGAUUCUAAUGAAGACAACAGGGAAGAAAAAAAACCUGAGGAAGAUGCAACAGUGAUUGCAACAUCACCAGAAGCAUCAGAAAUACCAAAAAACUCAUGAUGAACCAUGAGUCAUGCUGGAUCAAUGGUGUCCAGGCAGAUGUAGUGCUUUGUGACUUGCUGACGUUUGGUGGAAGCCCCGUGAGCAGGUCCCUAGCAUGGUGCUAGCUCUUGGGCCAUAAUAAGCCUUGCGAUUCAUUAGCCGUCUACCAGGUGAACCAGCAUCUAGAGCAAUUCUGCAGUGCAGUGCAGAUGUUUUAUUAACAUUCCAAUACGUAUUAUUGUUCUUAUUAUAAUAUCAUAAUAUGUGAAACAUAAUUCAUCGCAAACAUUGUACAUUGCGUCAUGUGUUAAAUAUUACUUAAUGUUGUUUUUUUUUCAAAAUAUCUGUUAUUAUAUAAAUUUAUUUGUGUAACUAUGACACCAUUGAGUUUGAUUUAUUAAAUUCAACAUUUGAUCUGA